AUGGCCUCCCCAGAUGUGGAUAUUGGUCAGAUCAAGGCUGCGUCGAACGAGGAAGUCGAUCCGGCCCUCCAACUGACGCAAGGAGAGGUGAUUGAAUAUACGCCCGACGAAGAAAGACGGGUGCUUCGCAAGAUCAACAUGACUAUUCUGCCGCUCAUGUGCUGGGUCUACAUGCUUCAAUACGCAGACAAGAGCACUCUGAAUUAUGCCUCGCUGAUGGGUAUCCGCACCGACACCAAGCUCACCGGUGACAACUAUAACUGGGUCUCAAGUAUUUUCUACGCUGGCUACCUGGCAUGGGAGAUCCCAACCACGUACUUGUUCCGCCGCCUCCCCGUGGGCAAAUAUGCCUCGUUCAACAUUCUUUGCUGGGGCAUCGUUCUCUCCUGUCACGCAGCAGCGUUCGAUUACAGCGGUCUUCUAGCUGCCCGCUUCUUCCUGGGUUUCUUCGAAGCCACAGUCACACCGGCCUUCGUGCUGAUCACCUCCAUGUGGUUCAAGCAAAACGAGCAAGCGAAGCGCAUGGGCUUCUGGCUAUCGUGCAACGGAGUCGCCCUGAUUCUUAUGGCCGUCGUUGCAUACGGACUAUCAGCCGUCACGGAUGCAGCCCUGGCUUCCUGGAGAAUCCUAUUCUUAAUUCUCGGUCCCCUGACAGCAGUGACGGGGGCAGUUUACGUCUGGUUACUCCCAGACAGCCAAGUCAACGCAUGGUUUCUCAACGAACGAGAACGACUCAUUGCCAUCGAGCGGAUCCGAAACAACUUCCAAGGCAUCGGCAGCCAAGUCUGGAAAUGGGACCAGUUCCUCGAGGCGUUCCAAGACCCCCGAACAUACUGCUACCUCGUCUUCUCCUUUCUCAUGAACAUCCCCAGCGGCGGCAUCACCACCUUCGGCUCCAUCAUCAUCAACUCCUUCGGCUUCAACGAGCGCCUUUCCCUCCUCCUCGGCGCCCCGUCCGGCGUGUUCGACAUCGGCGGGAAGCUGCUCUUCACCUGGCUCUCGGACAAGUAUCUCGACCGCACCCUCUUCGCCUUCCUGGCCAUCUUGAUCCCUCUGGUCGGCGGCAUCAUGAUGAUCGCCAUCCCCCUUUCCGCUCCAGGGGGCUUACUGCUCGGCUACUAUCUGAUCAGCGUCGCUGGCGCAUCCUGGGGCCUGAUCAUGGCCGCCAUCUCCAACAACACCCUCGGGUACACGAAGAAAGUCACCGUCAGUGGUUUGCAGAUCAUCGCGUACGCGGCGGGUAACUGGGUCGGGCCGCAGGCUUUCCGUGCCAAUGACGCUCCGAUCUACCUGCAUGGGAAGAUUGUCGUGGCUGUGAUGUAUGGCGCUAGUGCUGUUGUUUUAGUGGCCCUUCGCUGGGUGAAUAUUCGGGAGAAUCGCCGUCGCGAUCGGCUUCUUGCUGAGAACCCGGUCGAUGUGGAUGAUCCUGAGGUCGUGGCUGCUAUCGAGAGGGAGAAGUUCUUGGAUCUGACGGAUUUCCAUAAGCCGCAUUUUAGGUAUGUCUUGUAG